GGUGGUGGUAAUGCACCUAUAAGCUGGUUUGCCAAUAAACACUAAAGAAGAAGAAGAAGAGUUCACAGCCAGCAGAGCGAGAUGGCGUUGCCUACAAAGCAGUACGGGCUGGUCUUGUCACAGAAGAAAGGAGUGUCAAAGACCGUGCAGAAACACUCGGUGUUCGAGGAUGACUCGGAUGAUGAGACCACAGUUGGGGAGAGUCUGCAAAAAGAAGCUGUCAAAAAGAAGAUGAUGAAGCAGACACGUUUGGAGAUGCAUAAGGCCCUGGAACAGGACAGCACUGUAUACGACUACGACGCUGUGUACGAUGACAUCCAAAAACAGAGACUUGAAAGCAACAAAAAAGUUCUGGGAGGUGCUGACAAAAAGCCAAAGUACAUCCACCAGUUGAUGAGAGCAGUCGAGGACCGAAAGAAGGAACAAGAACGAAGGGAAGAGAGGAAGAUCCAGAAGGAAAGAGAGGCGGAGGGAGAGCAGUUUGCAGAUAAAGAAGCUUACGUCACGUCCGCCUACAAGCAAAAACUCCUGGAGCAGAAGGAGGAGGAGGAGAAGGAGAAAAGAGAGGCAGCGAUUGAAGCUGCUUUGGACGUGAAGAAACAAAAAGACCUGAGCGGCUUCUACCGGCACCUGCUGAAUCAGACUGUCGGAGAGGAGGCGAUACCGGAUCGCUCGGCAAACAAAACUCAAAACUCAAAGGUUUCAAAAGACACAGAGACGACUUCACCUGUUCCCUCAUCUACGUCCCAUGACAACAUCCCGAGUUCAUGCAGCGACAGCGAGGAGGGGCACGAGCAGAAGUCUGGGUUUAGCAAGCCCGGGGCCGGCUCGGCACACUCAAAACGCCAAUACAGACAGAGGUCGCCUUCAUCGGGGAGCGGAGAGGAGAAGGAGAAAGAGAAGGAGAGAGACAGACAUAAGAAGAGCCACAGAGAUCAGGACAGAGACAGAGGACGGGACAGAGAUAGAGACAGAGACAGAGACAGAGACCGAAACAGGGGAAGGGAAAGGGACGACAAACACGGAGGGAGAAGAGACGACAGGGAUAGAAGGAACGACAGGGACCGAGGCAGAGAAGACGACAGAAGCAGAGGCAAGGAUACAGACAGGGAAGACAGGCACGGGAAGAGGGAGAGGAGCCCUAAGGAAAGAGAGAGGGAUAAGAACGGAGAGAGAGAGAGGAGGAGGAAUCCAGAUGAAGACAAGCGGAAGGACAAAGAUCCGGAAGAAGAGAAGGAGAGAAAGAAGGAACCGGAGAAGGCGGUGAAGAGCGACGAAAAAGCUCCGGAAAAGAAGGAAGCGGUCGGAGAACACGGGAGCGAAAAAGAAGACGAACGGAAACAGGAAGGCGAGGAGAAAGAGGAAGGCGAAGGGAAGGAGGAAGCGGAGGAGAAGGCGAACAAGUUUGCAAAGCGCAGCACGGAUCAGGCCGUGACUUCGGCGAGAGACCGGUACAUGGCCCGACAGAUCGCUCGCUCGGCUUGUAAGACUUACAUCGAGAAGGAAGAGGACUGAGAGCUGCGCAGCACACGACGCAAACCACCCCCGAAUUACACACAACCGUUAUCGUAUAGAGGAUAAUGUUAUUUUAUGUCUCUCUUUUUCAACAAAUCCUAUAAAAAAUACCAAAACCAACACUGAGUUAGUUCCUUCUUCUGACUUCCCUUACCUGUUCCUCCUAGUGAAGAUGUAAAUCAAAUAGCUGGGCAUUGUAGUUUUUAGCAAACGUUCCUCAAGCUGGAGUAAACAUUGCUUUUUAGCACGUCAUUUGGUGCUCUAGUGAGUAUUUACAGCACUCAUGCAGUGUAUGUGGAAUUGAUUCAAAAUCAACUAUAAUUCCCAUGUUCAUUGUAGAUAAAGAGCAAAUCACCCAGUCACAGUGUGGCUGAGGUAGCUGUGACAAUAUUAAGCUACAUCAGGUUUUGGCUACACAGGCAAUUAAUUGUUGGUUUAAGUCUUUUCAUGGGAUUUGUUGACAAUAAGGAAAAUAUUGCCGACCUUAUUCUGUAACCGCUGACUCCCCCCAUACACUGCAGUGGGCAGAUUCAAACAGUAGUGUGCUCAUGGUCUUAAGUGACGAGAGAGACAGACCUGGACAAUAUCUUUCUUUUGGACUUCAAUUGGUGGAUUUUUUUGAUUUCUGAAAUAAGAACACUGACUUGUAAAUAUGAGUUUUGACAGAGAGAGAGAGAGAGACCCUUGUAUCAUCACACACAGGAACGAACGCAUAUAGAACAUUUGAUCUUAAUUUGGAAGAGGUGUGGAACGACGCGUGAGCCAGCGAUGUUGUUGUGUUUGAUCAUUUUGUGUUGAAGUUUAGUAUCCCUUCUGAUGUAGUUGACGAUGAGAUAAUAAAAUAAUUUCUUCUGUUGCA